AUGCUGAAACGACACAGCUCCUCGCUUUUGAGGGAGGAACUGUCCAAGUAUUCUUUGCAGGGAAGCAAGAAACGUGCCCCGGAGACCGCCAUCGACCUCAAACUGCAGCGACUCUGGGCGGACGUUCUUCAGAUUCCGGUUGAUUCCAUCGGCUUGGACGACAGCUUCUUGCGUAUCGGCGGUGACUCAGUCGCAGCUAUUCGCCUUGUUGCUUUGGCCCGAGGCGCCGGGAUCAAGCUCACGGUCAAAGACAUCUUCGAUGACCCCAGGCUUCUUGGCAUGGGCAAGCGGGCUUCGGCCGGAGUGCACGAUGAGUGGCACGCUGAUAAGGCAGAAAUUCUGCCGUUCAGCCUCUUGUCUAAGCCCCUGCGAAAGGCCAUCAACCAAGUAGAGUCAACCGUCGGCGCCCAUCAUUCUGCUUUGGUCAACGCUACAAUCCUGAAGCAGUGCUCGUUUUCGAGCAACCAAGACAUCGAGGAUGCCUAUCCUUGUACCAAGCUCCAGGAGGGAUUCGCUGCACUCGCUAUCAAGCAGACGGGGUCCUACAAGGGAAAGUACGUAUACAGGAUACCGCCACAUGUCGACAUUGCCCGGUUCAAGGAAUCUUGGGCACGCACCGUUGCCCUUUGCCGGAAUUUACGGACGAGGAUCACCUUUGCAGCGGGACCUUCGGUCCAGGUAGUUGUCAAGAAUGAGUUUGCCUGGGACACGACCGAGAAUUGCAACCUCCUCGACGCAAUUAGUGUCCUAAGCGGAAUUGAGAUGACAGAAGGGUCGAGAAUGUGUCGGUAUGGCUUGGCCAAGGACAGCAACGAUGAAUUGUACUUCAUCUUGGUAAUUCACCACGCUGUCUACGAUGGCUGGACGAUGCGUCUGGUCAUCAAUACCGUGAACCAGGUCUAUACAAACGACAAGAGCCCGAAUCUUACGCCGUAUAACCACUUCAUCAAAUACGUAACUGCCAUGGACGAUGAAAGCAGCGCCGAAUAUUGGAAGAAGCAACUCGAGAAUGCCAAACAAGCAACAUUCCCACCCAUUCCCGGGUCUCUCUCAUCCCGAACAGGGGGGAAUGUGACUCGGGUUCUGCGGAAGACCAUUCAACUCUACCGACCUCCCGACUCAUCAUCCUCCAUAACCAAGGCAACGAUCCUUCGCGCUGCAUGGGCGAUGCUCCUGGCACGGUGCUGCGACACCGACGAUAUCUGCUUUGGGACUUCGGUAUCCGGUCGGCAGGCGCCUGUGCAUGGCAUCGAAGCCAUAGCCGGGCCUCUCGUCGCCACGGUGCCGGUUCGAGUGCGUCUGGAAUCUUCCAAACAGGUCUCCAAAUUUCUUCAAGAAGUGCAGCAACAGUCAACAGAAAUGACAGCUCACGAACAGUUCGGUCUGCAGAACAUCCUCAAGGUCAGCACCGAUGCCCGUGACGCUUGCGAGUUCUCCAGUCUCCUGGUCGUUCAACCGGCGCAGCUGGUCAAGUUCUCCGAGGAUGACUCCGAGAACCCCGUCUUGGAGAACGUGAGCUCGGAAUACUUUGGACAGGAAGAACUCCUGGAAGGCUACUUCAAUUACCCGCUUGUCGUCCAGGGUCUUGUGCACGAGACGUGCGUGGAGCUUAUGAUGGUCUACGACUGUCGCAGCAUCUCCGAACCCCGGGCCAAGGCACUCUCACGCCAGCUCGACCAAGUUGUUCAACAGAUGAAUGCAGAGAAAAGCAUCCUGGGUGACAUCACCAUCGCCGGGAGGUGGGAUCUGGAGCAGGCCACCGCAUGGAACAACCACGACGGGGCAGGCCCCAAGAUCAUCAAUGCCUGUGUUCAUGACUUUCUCCAGCAGCACGCAGCCAAAACUCCGGAUGCUCUCGCUGUCAGAGCCUGGGAUAUGCAGCUCACUUAUGCCCAGCUCGACAGCGCCGCCAACAGACUGGCACACCACCUUGUUGACCAGUAUAACGUCAAGGAGGACGAGUUCAUCCACGUUUGCUUCGAGAAAACAGCCUGGUUCUUCGUUGCCAUCCUCGCCAUCAACAAAGCCGGUGGUGCUUGGGUCCCGUUGGAGCCAUCCCAUCCCGAACAACGCCAGGUGCAGGUCGCCCAACAGACCGGAGCCCGGUUGGCCUUGGCCUCCCCCGCCAAUGUUGCUAUAUGUCGUCGUCUGGUUGACGACGUGGUCCAAGUCUCUAUUGAUCUCGAUCACGAGUUGAGCAGCACCCUUGGGGAGUGUAGCCUCCAACCACCACAGCGUAAUAUCACACCGUCCAACGCCGCCUAUGUUCUAUUCACGUCAGGAAGUACAGGAGUCCCCAAGGGCCUGGUCAUGGAACAUGAGUCUGUAUGCACCAGUCAAAUCGCCAUCGGGAAGCGCGUUGGCAUACACAGGGGCGCUCGUAUGCUCCAAUUCGCUUCAUACGUCUUCGAUGCUUGCAUUGGGGAGACUAUUGGCUCGUUCAUCGCCGGCGCCUGUGUGUGCGUGCCGUCUGACGAGAUGCGGAUGGACACUUGCCGCCUCACGGAAUUCAUUCGAGAGACGGAUGUCACUUGGGCGCUGCUCACCCCAGCUUUCAUUCGUACCAUCCAGCCCCACGAGGUCCCCAGCUUGCAAGUACUCAUGCUAGCUGGUGAGGCCGUGGGCCGAGACACCCUAGAGACGUGGUUCGGCAAGGUCCAUCGCCUGUUCAACGGCUGGGGCCCUGCGGAGACAUGCGUGUUCAGCACAUUGCAUGAAUGGAGCUCCUCUGGCGAAUCCCCCUUGACCGUAGGCCGACCAGUCGGCGGGUUCUGCUGGAUCGUGGAUCCAAAUGACAGCAGCCGUCUCGCACCAACGGGCUGCAUCGGCGAGAUCGUGAUCCAGGGCCCUACAAUCCUCCGCGAGUACCUCUCUAGCCCCGAACAGACAGCCAAGUUUGUCGUCGAUACACUUCCCGAAUGGGCUCCGCGAAGCUCCCUGUCCCGAUGGAACCGUUUUUACAAGUCAGGAGACUUGGGUUACUAUAAUGCGGAUGGAAGUAUUGAGUUUUCCAGCCGAAAGGAUACGCAAGUCAAGAUCCGCGGCCUCCGUGUGGAGCUAGGAGAAGUCGAGCAGCACAUCCGAGAACUUCUG